CCGACGAGUCCGCCGCCGGCAGCCGCGUCGUCGUGUGUCGCCGCCACGUAUUAUAUAUAUUAUUUUGAAUAAUAAUAUAACACUACGCACACGCCACGGACACUCGCGCGUUCGUCGUUCGCGCCGACGACACGCGGUGAGAUUUGAUCGCCGCCGCCGCCUCCAUUUCGCCGUCGCAUACGAUACGUCAUUUUCUUUUAAAUAUUAUUGAAAAUUACAAAAAAAUUUCAACAUUAUUCACAUAUUUUGCACAUUCGCCCGUCGAUCGCCGUGUCAUAGUCGUCAUCCAUUCAUCCCAAUGAGCAUGGAUAAUUGCGCGGCACUAAUCGUUCAGGACCAGAAGUACUGUUACUUCCGAAAAGCAGUGCACUUUUGGGCGCAACAGGCACUUUUGCCAGCUGUUGUGGCCGUUGGUGUGGUGGGUAACAUGCUGUCCGUGGUCGUACUCACCAGAGAACCGAUGAAGAGCUCCACCAGYACAUAUCUGACUGCCYUGGCUGUAUCCGACUUGUUCUAUUUGCUGUUUGUGUUUACCAUAUCCUUUGAAAACUAUCCGUGGAUAGUCGAGGCCGAUUACUACAUUUACUGGAAAUGGUAUCCUUACGGACUAUGGCUUACCGACGCUGCUAGUAACACGUCGGUGCUGUUAACGGUGUCGUUCACCGUCGAACGGUACAUAGCCGUGUGCCAUCCUCUACGCGGACGAGUGUUGUGCACCGAGUCCCGGGCCAAGCGUGUCAUCCUGAUGGUGGCGCUGUUCUGCAUCGCGUGCACGGCCACCACGCCGCACGAGUGGCACAUAGCCAUCAACCCGGCCACCGGCAAGUUCCAGAAGAGCAGCACGGAACUAGGCCGGAACGACAUCUACAAGAAGGCGUACAACUGGUUUUGCAUCGUCACGUUCAUAUGCGUACCGCUGCUGGUGCUGGCCGUGCUCAACUGGUUCCUGAUCAACGCGGUCAACCAGAGCCGCCGGAACCGGACGCGGCUCACGUGCCAGGGUAACGUGGUUUGGAACAGGCAACGGCAGGAGAACAAAAUGACCAUGACGCUGAUCGCCGUGGUGAUCAUGUUCUGCGUGUGCCAGACGCCGACGGCCGUGAUGAUGCUGACGGCGUCCGUGUACGAGCCGCCCGAGAAGACGCCCGCGUACUACGUGAACCGCGGCCUGCACACCAUAUUCAACUUCCUGAUGGUGGUGAACGCCGCGUCCAACUUCAUGCUGUACUGCGCCAUGAGCCGCAAGUACCGGCGCACCCUCAUGAUCACGUUCAUGCCGUUCCUGGCGGCCCGGCACGCGCGCAACGCCACGCUCCGGUCGUCUGUCAGCUACCCGCGGUCCGGCACCAUGGUCCGGCGCAACACGGAGGUCACGCAAAUGACCGACAUAAUCGGCGCCGCGGCCAUCGGGCCUGCCGGCAAACGCGAACCGCUCAUCCGGGCCGGCACCAACCACGGCAGACAUGCGGCCAACAACAAGCAGCAGCAGCUGACCGCCGCGGCCGUUCUCUAAGCGGCGCCGCGGUCCWAUUAUUAAGCCGGGUUCACCGCGUGGCCAGUGUCGUGUCGUAUAUUUCCGAUAAUCGGCCSUGGUGAUCAUAAUAAUAUUAUUAUGAUGAUAUUAUGGUUACCAAAUAACCACGGUAUACCAGCAGAAUCCCGUGUUGGGCCGAGCUCGACGCGAUACUGUAAUAGGUAUAGCUGCUGUAGUUAACCCGGCUUCUUUACAUAUGCAACUUACUAUACUGUCCUACUUUUACGUCUUUAAUAAUAUGAUAAUAAUAUAAUGACAUCCGUCCCACUUUACAAUUAUUAGGUAUUAUUAUCAUUAUUAUUAUUAUUUAAUUUUACUAUUACAUACAUACACGAUCUGUACUGUAGGUACGUGCGAUGAUACUGUGCAUGAAAAUAUGUUUACGUCCACAGUAAUGUAAUCAGAGGGGGGGGGGUUAAGUCAAAAAUUGGCAGGUAAAAAUAAGACACAUAUUAUUCUUAUUUUUUUCUGUUAAGUGAUAAAAUUAUAAAAUAUAUCAACUAAAAUAGAGAACCC